AUACUUCAACCUACCCCUUUCUCAAUCCUCUCAAAAUACAAAAGGAAAAAAAAUCACAACUUUUCACACCAUCAAAAACAGAGUAUUCAAAAGAACUCAUAUAAAAUGGGUCUUUCAAGGAUUUCUACAUCUAUUUUGUUGAUGUUUGUAUUGUUUUUAGCUUCAUUUUCAUCAUCAAUGGAAGCAAGAAAGUUAUUAAACUCGCAUGAAGUGAAAAAAAUACCAAAUUUAAGGUCUCUGUAUCUAAAUGCUCUGCCUAAAGGCAUAGUACCAGCUUCAACACCAAGCAAAAAAGGUCACUCUUAUACCACAGAUGAAAAGCUUAUCGCCCGUCAUCUUGCAACUAUCGAUCGGAUUCUCCGGUCAGUUCCUAGCCCCGGAGUUGGCCAUUAAUUUUAAUAACAGGCACGCGGUCAGAGCCUUGACUCUUUCCAACUCAUGUUCUACACAUGUAAACUUUUUUUUUUGAUAUUACAGUUUUGGAUUCAUUUUCUUGGAGGGAAUUACAUUAGGUCAGGAUUUGUAAACACAAUAUAAUUGGGAAAAAUUGUACAGUUGGAGAGUGAUGAUAUAGGAUUUUUUAAAAUUUAUUUAUGGAGUUGUACACAACUUAUACUUUUA